AUGGCUAAGAGAAAACGAGAUACGGCCACGACGAGCACCAGCAGACUGGGCAACGACGGUACUUCUAAAGUCGCCAAAACCAACGGCCACGUCGAUGUCAAGACCACAGUCCCUGUGAUUCAGAUUGUGGCAGGUUCCUAUGAACGAGUUCUGCAUGGCAUUACCGCAUCCAUAUUGAACCUCUCGUCAUCUGAGUCCUCCCCAUCCGUGCAAUUCGCAGACACUUUUCUGUUCAAUGCACACGCGGGAUCUGUACGCUGUCUAGCUCUAUCGCCGCUUCCAGAGCAGGACUCAUUAGACAAUCAAGGUGUGUAUCUCGCCACCGGCGGCUCAGAUGAGAAAAUCAACGUCUUCAAUCUCGCCGCCUCCCCCGUCUCCGAAAAUGAGAAGCUCCCACCGAUGCCCUCUCUGGGUAAGAACACCAUAUCCGAGAAUCCCAGGAAUAGGGAGCUGGGCACCCUUCUUCAGCAUUCGUCGCACAUCACCGCGUUACAUUUUCCCACCAGGUCGAAACUCCUCUCCAGCUCUGAAGACAACACCAUCGCCAUCACACGACUAAAAGACCUGGCUGCGGUGUCCACCAUCAAGGCACCGCGGCCGAAGGUCCAGGGCCAACCUAGCGGCGAUACUGCACCGCCAGGCGGCACGCCCGCCGGUAUCAACGACUUCUCGGUGCAUCCCAGUCUAAAACUCAUGUUGACCGUCGGUCGUGGUGAGCGCUGCAUGAGAUUGUGGAACCUUGUGACAGGAAAGAAAGCCGGUGUUUUGAACUUUAAUCGCGAGAUCUUGCAGAGUAUACGAGAAGGAAAGUACAGCAGCGGCGAAGGACGAAGGAUCAGGUGGAGUCCGGACGGCAGUGAGUUUGCAGUCGCGUUCGAAAGGGGCGCCGUUGUGUUUGGGGAGGACUCGAAGCCGAGAUGUAAGAUUUUACCAACGCCGCUGACGAAACUGCACCAGAUGUGCUAUGUUUCGUUGACGCCGGAGGGGCGCAGAGAAGUAAGUCUGCUGGCGGUGUCAACAGAGGACGGGAGGAUUCUGUUCUAUGAAUGCGGGAAGAACUCAGCCACAAACAGAACCCUCAGAGACCAAGCAGACUCAUCAGUUCCGGAGGCUACCAUGAUUGCGACAGUUGGCGGCAAGGCAGCUGGUAUCAACACACGGAUCAAGGACUUUGAGAUUCUCUUUAUCCGACCAACUGCCGAUGCGCAGAACGUCAUGGUCAUCAUCACAGCAAGCAGUGACGGUACGAUCCGUAUCAUCCAGGUGCCACUCUCUGGUCUCUUCGAUAGGCUGGAGCAGAAGCAGGAACCAGGCUCACAUUUGGGGACGUUAAUCGGGUCGUAUGAGACCAGCAACAGGAUCACUUGCCUGAAGGCGUUUGUCAUGCUGCAGGCGAAAGAAGACGUGGAAUUCGGGGACCCUGGGAAUGAAGACAGAGACUUCAAGGGGUUCGAUGAAAUCGAUGGGAGUGAGGACAGUGAAAGUAGCGAAGACUGA